CGGUUGUAGUGCAGACCAAUCUUUCUUUAGCAAUCUUUGUCACCUCAGGAAACCAGUAAACCACUGCAUGCGCAGCCGCCCACUAUCACGCUACCUGAGGUAGUAUAUUCCCUGAUGGAUCACUUUUAUGGCCUAUAAGAACUUGGCAAGAAACUGUGCAGUGUGCAAGCCCAGGAUAGUGUGUAGACGAGUAACCGAGUAAGACAUGGAACACGCUUACUCCCGGUUGCUGCUUGUAUUUUCAGUUCUUGCACUGUGCCUCGGCAACCAGGGUGUGAGAUGUCAGCUCACCUCUGAUUUUUACGACGAAACGUGUCCUCAUUUGUACACUAUUGUGCAGCAGCAUGUGUUCGCUGCCAUGAGGGCUGAGAUGAGGAUGGGCGCCUCCCUCCUUAGGCUCCAUUUCCAUGACUGCUUUGUCAAUGGAUGUGACGGUUCAAUCCUUUUGGACGGCAGUGAUGGCGAGAAGUUUGCACAGCCCAACCUGAACUCAGUCAGAGGGUACGAGGUUAUCGACGCGAUAAAGGCUGAUCUCGAGAGCGUCUGCCCCGAGGUGGUGUCAUGCGCUGACAUUGUAGCCCUUGCAGCCAGCUAUGGAGUACUCUUUAGUGGAGGGCCUUAUUGGGACGUUCUUCUGGGAAGAAAAGACGGGCUGGUGGCCAAUCAAUCUGGAGCUGACAAUGGCUUGCCCGCACCAUUUGAACCGAUCGACUCAAUUAUUCAGAAGUUCAACGCCGUCGGCCUGAACACGACCGAUGUUGUGGUCUUGUCAGGAGCCCACACGAUCGGCCGAGCCAGGUGCGCGCUGUUCAGCAACCGCUUGUCCAACUUCUCGGCCACGGAUUCAGUCGAUCCGACGCUUGAUGCCAGCCUUGCCGACAGCCUUCAGAGCCUCUGCGCAGGCGGUGAUAACCAAACCACCGCCCUCGAUGUCAGCUCCGCCGACGUGUUCGACAACAACUACUACCAGAACCUCCUCCACAAGAAGGGCCUCCUGUCCUCCGACCAGGGCCUAUUUUCCAGCCCGGAAGGCAUUGCCAACACAAAGGAUCUCGUGCAGAUCUACAGCGACGACGGGUAUCAGUUUUUCUGCGAUUUCUGGUGGUCCAUGAUCAAGAUGGGGAACAUCCCGCUCACGGGCCCGGAAGGGGAGAUCCGCAAGAAUUGCAGGGUUGUCAACUAAUGAGGAAGUGAUGAGUCUCUUAGUGAAAACGUGCUUAGGCACGGUCGCGAAAAAAAUGAGAAAGUGAGUGAACUCAUGACCUAGGUAAGUAAUAGGACUGCCAUGGGCCGUUGUGUAUGUUUCAGACCAAUAGGCUAUAGACCGGUGAGAUAUAUUAUUGGGCCUGAGACCAUCUAUGUACUGCUACAAUACUUGAGUGCUUGCCUGAGGAAGGCAUCGAUG